AUGCAGCUAAUGCAAUUGGCCAACUUCUUGUUGCACAAUUUGCUGCAGUCGCGCAUCAGUUUCAUUACCAUCUUUCAUUGCUGGCAACGGAAUGAAACACUGCAGUUGGCACAACAAAUUCACACUUCAUCGCAACUCAUCUAUCAUCAGUUUGUGCACUUGGAUGAAUGGAAAUGGGAGCAUUUGGAACAAAGGUUUCUGGAUCAUCUGCAACCCACGCUGGCUAUCUAUGUGGAUCUGCAGUGUGAAAGAGCAGGAGAUCUAUUAAAAGAGGCUAGUAGAACGCAGCUCUACAAUCAGCAUUAUCAUUGGCUUCUACAUGACAGCCUGACAGACUUUAGGUUCUAUGAUUUCUUUGCACCUUUUAAUAUAUCAGUCGAUGCGGAUGUUAGCUAUGUGACUCAAAACAUUCUGGACAAUACUGGUAACCUCAUCUUUGCCCUCUACGAUGUCUAUAGCAAUGGCAAACACAUUGGCGGACAGCUCAAUAUAACAGGAAACUAUGAGCUCUUCUGCAAUACGACAAGUUGUCAAUUGAAUCGUUAUCUCAGCACGUUGCAUUUGCGCCCCAAGUGUAGACAACGAGAGCAGCUAAGGGAUGUGGUGCUGCGUGUGGCAACAGUGGUUACAACGAGACCCAUCACCUGGUCACCAGAGUUGUUGCUACGCUUUCUCAGCCUGGAUAACGAGACGCAUAUCGAUGCUAUAGCACGAUUCGGAUUUCAGAUAACUUUACUCCUUAGAGAUCUCUUGCAAUGCGACAUGAACUUCACUUUCACAGAUCGUUGGAGUCUUAGCGACAUCAACGGUGGUUCAGUUGGUGCUGUGGUCAAUCAGACUGCCGACAUUGGCUCUGCUCCGUGUCUGGCCACCGAGGGCAGAUUGCAGUAUUUAUCGGCCAUCAUUGAGACGGGCUAUUUUCGAUCCGUUUGUCUUUUUCGGACACCCCAUAAUGCUGGCAUUCGUGGUGAUGUAUUUCUGCAACCGUUUAGCGCCUUGGUCUGGUAUAUCUUUGCUGGUGUUCUGCUGUUGAUCGGAUUGCUGCUCUAUCUGACCUUUUAUUUGGAGUGCAAGCGUAUGCAACCUCGUUGGCGUCUCAAUUCUGUACCUUCUUUGUUAACCACCUGCCUGAUCAGCUUUGGAGCUGCCUGCAGUCAAAGUUCCGCGUUGAUACCACGCUCAACGGGCGGUCGUCUUACCUAUUUUGCGCUUUUCCUCAUCAGCUUCAUCAUGUACAACUAUUAUACAUCUGUGGUGGUUUCCUCUCUGUUGAACUCACCCGUCAAAUCUCAGAUCAAAACAAUGCAGCAGCUGGCAGAAAGUUCGCUAGAAGUUGGAUUGGAACCUCUGUCAUUUACCAAAAGCUAUCUUAAUUAUUCUUUACGCCCAGAGAUUCAUUUGUUUAGCCAACGCAAAAUCGAAACGCAGUCCAAGAAUACGGAACUUUGGCUGCCCGCUGAGAAGGGAAUAUUACGUGUACGUGAUCAUCCUGGUUAUGUGUUUGUGUUUGAGGCCUCCUCUGGCUAUGCCUAUGUGGAACGUUAUUACACCCAGCAGGAGAUCUGUGAUCUCAAUGAGAUACUCUUUCGACCCGAACUUUUGCUCUACACUCAUCUUCACAAAAAUUCCAGCUACAAGGAACUCAUUCGACUAAAAUUGUUACGCGUACUGGAGACUGGCGUCUAUCGCAAACAUCGCAACCGUUGGGCCCGCAUGAAGCUGCAUUGUUAUUCGCAGAACUUUGUCAUUACCGUGGGCAUGGAGUAUGUUGCUCCACUCUUCUUUAUGCUGAUCUGUGGCUAUAUUUUGGUGCUAUUAUUGCUGAUAGUGGAGCUCGCCUGGCAGCGCUAUGUCCAGAGACCACGUUGAACACUUUACACCUUGCACCUUCAAGCGCUUUUGCGGCAAGUUGCACGUUGCAACUUACACUAUGUACGGAAUCGCUUUAAGCUGUUAUGCAAAAAUGAAAUAAAAAUAAAAGCACUUUGCCUUAA